CUGCAAAAUCCUGUUUGGUUCCUUAAUGCUAGCCAUUAAGUUGAUAUGGGUGACUAUUAUGUGAGGCAUAAAGGCAGUUUGAAUGUUUUGUUUUGUUGAUAUUAUUUAUCCAAAAACAUCAAAUUUCUAUUUAAAAUGCAAUAAAGGGAUUUUCUGGACACAUUCAAAGAAACAAACACAGACUCCUGUUUGUUUUCAGACCGAAGGAGUACUGUGUGAAGUAUUUUAUGACUUUGUUUUUAUUAAGCCAACCUGGAGGGGUUUUGAGCAUGAACAGCCUGCUUGGGUCAUACCACUGCAUCCUGAUCAGAUUUAACUCUGGACUUUGACUGGGCUACUUCAGACACUUUCUUUUAGUAUUUUUUUCACUCACUCAGAAGUAUGGUUGCUGUUUUGUGGGGAUUAUUGUCCUGCUUUAAAACUCAAGUGUGUUUGAAGUUACACGUUGAUUGCGGGACAUUCUUCAGGAUUUUCUGCUACAGAGCAGAAUUCAUCAUGGUUUCAGAAGUUGUACAGUCAUCCUGGUGCUGAAACGGCAACACAGCCCCAGACAGCCAAACUACUACCUCUGUGUUUGAUGAAGGGUGUUAUUUUCUGAAAUGCUGUUAGAUUUAUACAAGGCAUAUAGUGACUCUUUGUAUCACUAUAAUUGAUUUCAGAGUGUAAGCUUCUGAACCUCUUGGUUUCACUACAUGACUUUUCAGCACGUACAAAGCUCCUCUUCCUUUUUUUUCUGUCAGUUUCUAAGUCUCAAGUACAAAGUGCAUCAAUCUGAAUAAGAGGUCAUUGUUAGAACAGAGGAAAUGAGCCCUCUUAAAUGAAAACCGCAGAAGUUUCAUGACAUCUAAAACCAAGAUUUUCCCUCUCAGUGCCUCAUACAAGGGUUCUUUACCUCAGAGGUAAGUGUUGCAUUCAUUGUUUAAGAAUUUAUGUAUAACUACAUAUCAUGAAUCAGAUGAAGUGUUAGAUUUGAUUUAUUUGGUUUGAUUUUUUAAAUUCUUUCUAAAUUUCUUUUUGUAGUUAUUUGCAUGCAUUUUCUUUUCAAACUUUAACAGAUAUCCUCUAACUUGCUUUUGUGCGAAUGCAUCCUUGUCCUCCCAUGCUGAACAUUUUAUGUUUUUUGCACUCUGACGUUCAUUUGCCCUCUCUUUAUUUGCUGUAUUAACAGGGUGCACAGCAAAGUCUCAGACUGAAGACAGCAAGACUUAUCUUAGUCACGCAGCUUCUGGCUGAGCCCUCUGACUGCAGGUUUAUCUGCUCCGACACACAGCCUCUCACUGGGAGAGCGUCACUUCGGCUCCUCUUUCCUGCUGACUCCCGGCUCCACUCUCGUCUCUCCUCCUUGUGUCACCUGUCUCAAGGAGCUUCUGGUAGAAGCAAGUAAUGGAGGAGACAACAGUUACUGACCAAUCAGAACUUUCAGUCAAAAAUGUUUCAGCGUCGAUGUGUCAAGAUGAAGAAGUGGAAGUCUUUGACACACAAACUGAUGACAGCCAGAGGUCAAACGAAUUCCCUGUGACGAUGAGCCCAGUGCUAACUCAGCCUGGUCCUGGCAUCGCUACAACAACCAUCACCACCGUCACACAAAUGGGGGGAGACUGGAGCACUGGACUUUUUAAUGUCUGUGGAGACAAGACAACAUGUAUUAUUGGGGCGCUGGUGCCGUGCUACUUAGAUUUGAGUUUAGCCCAUCAGUUUGGGGAGUGUCUUUGCAUGCCUCUCCUACCAGGAUCCACUUUUGCCAUCAGAGUUGGAAUCAGGGAGCGUUACAAGAUUCGGGGAAGUGUGUGUGAGGACUGGAGUGCAGUGUACUGCUGUUACCCUCUGGCUGUAUGUCAAAUGAUAAGAGAGAUGAAGCGCAGGAUGAAGACCCAGACAUAUCAAGUGUCUACAGUGAUGGAAUCCUCCUGAAGAAACUGUUGUCCGUAACUGUGUCCUUUGCUUUAACUUUGCAACACGGAUCAGUGAAGUCAACAGAGAUUAGCAUAAUAUAUCACUGGCAUAGGAUUAGAGCCUUUGGAAACAUUUGAUCUAAAAUGUAAAGACUGGAAAUCAAAACAGGGUGAAACAAAAUGUCCAGGUUUUAAAGCUCCACUGAGUGAUAUAAGAUUUGUAAAUGCAAAGAGAAAAAAAACUGUAAUUGCUGUUUGAAUAUUAAUAGCUUGAAUUAUAUCUCUGAAAGAAAUUAUUUUGUGGUCACAUUUGCAUAUGUAUGAAAAACAGGUGGGAAGAUGAAGGGUUUUCCUUUUUUUCCAAUUCCAACAGACAUCAAACAAGCUCCAAACAGCUGGUAAAAAAUUAAAUCAAACAGAGAACAUGUGUCAAGAGAAGAAAAGAACAAACAGUUAAACCUGUUUUACAAAAACAAUAGUCCUGUUAUUGUGUUCACCAUGUAGGCAUAUUCGCUGACACGCUGUAGUCAUCCUUAAACUGUAUUAAAUAUUGCACUUAUCACCAUUAUAAUUCUGUUUUUACUCUUAUGACAUUGCUUUCAAAAUCUAAGACUUAUUUGCUACAAAAGAUAAGACUUUACAACUUAAUGGUUCUAAUAAUUUAAUGCCCUCUUUCAGAUUACUUUGAACCUGAUUAGACCUUUGCUUAGCACUUUUUCAGUCAGCGUCUGAACUAACCUUGUCACAUAUUUUACAAUGGGCUUUAAAUUAUCAAAGAAAAUCAAAUGUGACAUACUUGUCAAAAUUCAAGAUUAGCUUAGAUUUUAAGCUAAUAAAUGGUUAGCAUCUUCUUUUUCUAUUA